AUGUCUAACUCGGUUACUACUGCUCGUGAUAUCCCAAAGACUAUUGUUGGCACCAAUGGAUCUGCUAUAAGUGCAAGAGGUGGCACUGCACAAGGAAAAUCUCAUUCUUUGCCAACUCCUCCCAACUCGAUAUCACCCUCCAAGUCACCUUAUGGUCUUGAUUUUUAUGGAUCACGCUCCAUAACGGCCCGCCAGACACACAAGCUUACGGAGUCAGAUCUCAACCUUGAAGAUGAUAAUGUUAACCAACAGUCGAAGGUAUCCGAAAAAUGCAACCAUGAAACAGGAUUGUCAUGUAAUGAUAGUACAGGUGCAAUAACAUCGAAUUUACUCUCCAGAAAUCAUCUUCCUGAGAUACUACUAAAUCAUGGGCCAUUGGCCAUACGUCAUAUCAUGAGUAUUCUCACAACUGCCGUGCCGGGAUUUUCAAAGAUCCCACCAACGAAGGCUCGGAGGUUAGUCGUAAGUGCAUUAGAGGAAGGAGCUAACAGUGGAGGUGUCUACAAAGAAUGUUCAGACGAUGUCAAAUACGAAAAAUUGGGAUGGGGACGCUGGAGCGCUAGGCUAAACGAUAGUCACUCGACAGUAAACGAGAGCAAUAAGCCUAUCGAAAAGCAGAGUUUAGAUUCUCAUUCGGCUUUUUCAUAUAAAACUACAGUUGAUAGUUCUCGGGAAUGGAAAUACGAUCGAACUCGUUUAACUGCACCAGAUUCUGGCUGGGAGGAUGAUACAUUGAUGUUUUCAAACGAUAAAGAUUUCGCAAUCAAUGCUGAAAUGCCAAUGACAGAGAAUGAUUCUGACCAAAUGUCUAUUGAUAUGGAAGGAUUUUGUUCCUCACCAGAAGAAUCUGAAGAUGAUGAGAUCAUGAGUGAUAAUUCUGCAGAUACUACUGACGAUGAAGACUGGGCAGCGGUCGGAGCUGCAGCUCUACGAGCUGCUUCAUAUUCUACAUCUGGUCCAGGAACUCAUUUUUUUUCACCUCCUGGGGAUCGCGAGAAACCAUGCAGAGGUGGCGGGCCAUCUUCGUUUGUCUUAGCAAAGUCCUGUCCAAGGCCCUCACUAUCAUUAUCUCAUCUCCAAGUUUCGCACUUUACAACAAAUCCGGCUCCACAAGAAAGAGAUGCAAUCGAAGCUCUGUUGCAACUUGGAUCAUUAUAA